UCCAUUCACAUCAAAUUAAUAACAAGGAGUUUAUAUAAUUUUCUUAGUUUUCAGCUGCUUCAUUUCAUGGCAAUGGCUUCUUCUGCUGGUGGUGUGCCUCCUGGUUUCCGUUUCCACCCCACUGAUGAAGAACUGCUUCAUUACUACUUGAAGAAGAAGGUUUCGUUUCAAAGAUUUGACAUGGAAGUCAUCAAAGAGGUCGACCUCAAUAAGGUGGAGCCUUGGGAGUUACAGGAGAGAUGUAGAAUAGGAUCGACUCCCCAAAAUGAGUGGUACUUUUUCAGUCACAAGGAUAGGAAGUACCCGACAGGAUCAAGGACGAAUAGAGCAACACAUGCAGGGUUUUGGAAGGCAACAGGAAGGGAUAAGUGCAUCAGAAACAGCUUCAAGAAGAUUGGAAUGAGGAAAACUCUUGUUUUCUAUAAAGGUAGAGCUCCUCAUGGCCAAAAGACUGAUUGGAUCAUGCAUGAGUACAGGCUUGAAGAUGGUGAUGAUAUUCAAGGAAACUCCGCCGCUGAGGAUGGAUGGGUUGUGUGUAAGGUUUUCAAGAAGAAGAAUUUAUUCAAGGUUGGCAAUGGAGGAACUAGCUGCAUCAAUUCUUCUGAUCAUCAACAACUCAACACAUCAAUCAUUCAACCUAGAAGUUUCAUGCACAAUAAAGAUAACCAAUUUCUUUUGAUUCAAAGCCCAACGAGUACUCAUCAUCAGCCAGCUUUUGAACUAAAUAAAUCAGAGCUUGGACUUCAUCAUCCCUAUCCACACAUGACUGCAGCAACACCACAUUAUUCUCUUCUCCAGUCCCAAAACUUAAUGCCAACACAUGACUACUCUUCGGCUCUUGGUUCAAGUACACCUUUGAUGGCGAAGCAAUUCAUGUUGACAGCUAGAGACUGUGAGAAUGGCAGUGAAGACCUUAGGUAUCCUCAAAGUUGUGAGCCAGGGCUAGAGGAGGGAACUUGUGAACCACCAAAUCAUCAUCAUCAACAAAUGGGUGUAGGAGGAAGAAGUGAUCAUCAGCAUCAGCAUCAAGGGUUAAAUGAAUGGAGUAUGCUUGAUCGCAUUGUUGGUUCUCACCUUGGAAAUGAAAAUGCUUCAAAGGAAGUGAGGUUUGACGAUCGUAAUGAUGCAUCAUCAGUGCAUCCUAUUAAUCACCUCUCUUUGCGUGCAGAGAUGGAUUUUUGGGGCUAUGGAAAAUGAUAAUUCUCCUCUCUCUCUCUCUCUCUCUAUUCCAUUUAUGUAUUAUUUGUUAAUAAAUCAAAAGAAAUUCAUACUGUUGUUCAUGAUGUAAAAUGGAUCUAACAACAUAAUUGUCUCUAUUCAUAUAUAUAUGCUUGACUUUCUUUGUGAUUC